GUAUUUCGCAAAUUCAACUUCUUCCAGGUAAUUUUCCAUUCCUCGGAUUUUUCCGCCGUUUUGUUGAUAUAACUAGUGGCGAUUAUUUGAAUUAUAAUGCAUCGCACAAAUUUGGAAAUUUUUAGAUAAUUUUUUCGGCGAAUCCGAUUCUUUGAGCUCUUGAUUGAUUUCAUUGAUGAUCUUUGGGUUAUUUUGAUACGAAUUAGGUUUUGAUUUUGGCAGUAGAGAAGUUAGAAGAAGAAUGGUGAGAACGCCACGAAGAGGGCAGAGAUCAAAGGGAAUUAAAGUGAAGCAUUGUAUUCAAUUGACUCUGUUGCUUGGUGUUGGGAUAUGGCUGAUUUAUCAAAUGAAGCAUUCACAUGAGAAGAAAUCUGAGUUUGAAGAGAGUUCAAAGAUUGUUGUUGAGGAUCAUCAAGUGGUUAAUCUUGGUAGGAAAGAUCUUAAACCGCGUAUCGAGGAGUCGAAAGAUGUGAAAGAUGAAGAAGGGAGCAAGAAUGAAGGAGGAGACUCAAGUACUGAUAAGGAGAAUGGCGAUGAGAUUGUAGAGAGGGAGGAGGAAAGAGGUGAGGAGAAAGCGGUAGAAGAGAAUAACGAGAAGGAAAUUGAAGGUACCGGGAAUGAAGAGGGAAACGAAGGUACCGAGAAUGAAGAGGGAAACGAGGAUUCAAAUAAUGGAGAAAGAGUGAAGGUGGUUGAUGAGAGUGAAGGUGGGAAUGGGAUAAGUAAUGAGAAAGCUAGGGAGAUCAAUUACAAAGGAGAUGAUGCGUCGAGUGAGGUAGUGCAUGGGACGGAGGAGAAGAGCAAUGGAAAGGUUGAAGUUGAGGAAGAGACUAAAUCUAACAGAACUGAGAGUGUUAGUUUCCAUGAAGAUGAGUCGGGUCCAAAGAAUGAAGUAUUGGAGGGUUCUGUUAUUAAACAAGUCUCUUCGAACACAACUGAGAAUGGGGAGAUUGGUAGUGAUGAUGGUGAGCAACACGAGAUAAAGAGUGAGUCGGAUUCAAAGACUGGUGAUAAGUCAGAAGGCGAGAAGGGGUUUUCUGAUUCUAAUGGUGAAUUGCCUGAGACUAACCAGUCAACUUCUAAUGCAACUGAAACUACAGAAUCUUCUGGGAGUGAGGAGUCGGGAUCGAAUGGGAAAUCCACUGGUUAUCAACAAACGAAAAACGAAGAAGAUGAGAAGGAAAAGGUACAAUCUUCUGAGCUCUCAUCUGAAGAGGAAAGCAAAAUCAAAGAACCCAAGAAAAAGGAGAAAGAAGAGUCUUCAUCUCAAGAGGAAAGUAAAGAAGAAGAACCCGAGAAAAGGGAGAAAGAUGAGUCUUCAUCUCAAGAGGAAGAACCUGAGAAACAUGAGAAAAAAGAGUCUUCGUCCCAAGAGGAGAAUGAGAUCAAAGCAACUGAGAAAAAGGAGAAAGAAGAGUCUACGUCCCAAGAGGAGAAUGAGAACAGAGAAACCGAAACAAAGUCUUCAGAAUCUCAGGAAAAUGAAAACACCAACAGUGAGAAGAAAAUUGAACAGGUGGAAUCUACCGAUUCUUCAAACACACAGAAGAGUGACGAACAAAAAACUGAUGAAAGCAAUGAUACUUCAAAAAAGGUAACAGAGGAUGAUACUUCAAAAACAGAGUCAGAGAAAGAGGAAAAUAACAAAAGUGGUGAAACAGAGGAGACCCAAAACGAUCAAGAACAGAGCAAGUCCACUUUGGAUAAUAGUCUCACUGAAGAUGUUAAGGAUGCUCGAACUGAUUGACACUCUUCCUAAAAACCAGCAAUGGAUUGACCAACGACAAAGUUGCAGCUGAGUGAUGUUUCUUAAAUGAGUUAAGUAGUCAUGUAUCAUUGUAUUGUAUACAUAUUCUAUACUUUUCAUCAAAUUACGGGACUAAGUCCCAAUCAGUAGUAUUGAGUUUUUGAUCGCCCAAUCAAUACAUGUAUACUCUUUUA